AUGACUGCUGUUGCUGCUGCUGUUGUUGCUGUUGCUGCUGCUGCUGCUGUUGCAUUGCAGCGUGCUGCUGUGGUUGCAGAGGUGGUAAAGUAUGAGGAGGCAAAUUCGAGUUAUGCUGGAGCUGGUGAGGAGAAAUGCCAGGAAGUGGAGAGUAUGCUUGAACGAAGCGCGACGAAGCUUUGCUAUGAGGCUCAAGAUGUUCACAGUGAAUUGUUCGUGUUCGAAGCAAUAAGUGGAUCCGAAGAAGACUUUAUCCGUUCCAAUGAUCCAAAGAUGGGCGCAAAUAAACGCGGUGAUAAUGCUGCUUUAAGAGACGACAAGGUAGAGGAAGCAGAAACUUCCCAAGAUGAUUUAGUCGCCCACAGCGCCGUUGCUUACAAAGAGAGGGCAAGAUACAUGUCCUGUGCCUCGGAUCAUCUCAUUGCUCACUCGACGUAUCACGAUAUCUUUGACAAAAUUAUUUCAAGGGACCUCCUCUACUUCGAAUAA